GGUGGUUUUCCGGGAAAUACGCGCUUUGUGCUCGGCGGAAAAUUUAUGCACUUUUCUAUAUGUUAGGGAGAAAAGCAGAAUUUGAACUUGUAAGGAAAUGGCUUCUUCAACAUCUGAUGAAAAUGGCACUGGUAAAGAGUCAACAGGGGACACCGGGUUAGACGAAGGAAGGGAAAAUAAUGAGAGUGUUGACAAUUCUGAAGAGGGCUCAGAAGAGAACGUUGAAGAACAUGCGGGUGAAGCUCUCUCGUUGCCAGAAGUGAGCAAGAAUGUAAGCAAGAAAGAAAAUGAUGUUCAGAUCGAGAACCCGAGAGAUAGCGAAAAAUUUAACGACAUGGAAGAGACUCGGUCGAAACCAGAUUUAGGGAACAUAGGCAAAUCAGUGGGACUUCUUCUUGGCACUGCAAUUUUAUGUGUGCUAGUUGCUGUCUGUUUUUAUCGACCCCCUGAGCGUGAAAUGAAAGGUGACUUCGACUUGGUGAAAGUCUACGGAAAUGGCGUCGACAAAUUACAACUAUCAUUUACCAACCAGACUGAAAGAUUUUGGAAGAUUUUAAAGAACCGUGGCUUGGCGCACCUGAGAAACAAUGAUCCUUCACAACCACUGGUAUUUCUGCUGGCUGCACCGCCCCCAGCUCAUGAGUGGGUAGAUUGUCUGGCCACUAAACUUGCUGAAAAGCUAGAUCCAAGACACAAGAGAAAUUUAGCCAGAAUUAAUGGAGCUGAUGAAAAAGGGUACCCAGCAGACCAGACCAAGAAAAAAAUGGACGUCUAUUUGAAGAACAAGUUUCGGGAGGACCACAGAGUGGCAGUUAUUUAUCAUCUGGAACUCCUCCCACCUCCAUCACCCCUGUUGUUUUACUCUUACUGUGAUGAUCAGAAUGCACCGCACAAACACGUAGCCAUAAUCUUUACUGUGCAUUUACCAGAAGAGCCCAGUUUAUCUCUGUCUCCAAAGGAGGCAGAAGCAACUGUUGAGAAAUACCUUUCAAAGCAAGUUUGGUUAAAGGAUGACAUGGAUGCAGUUGCUGCUCUUUUAAGCCGCAUUGCGGACACAGUUGUUCUUAUGAAUGGUGAAUCAAGCGAUUCAUUGAAGGCUGACUGUUCUUGAAUUAUUUUGUAUUUUAGAAUAAAGGGGAACUAGAGAAUGGCAGCUUAACUGCAGUAAAGAAUACGAUAUAACUAUAUAACCAAAGAGUAAUACAAUCAGUUGAACGAAAAUGUUGGCCGACGGCUAAUUGAUUGCCAGCAUUUGUUGACAUAGUGCUUCAAGCCUGUUGUCAAGAGGAGUCAGUAAUAAUUUGAAUGAGUGUCAGUUGUGAAAGACCAUCUUGUAUGGUGAUGCUAGUCAUUGCAUCAGUGGUGUAUUAUGCUGUGGUUUUUUACCAAAGAAAACAUACUUCAAAAUUAUUUUAGGCAGUUCAAAUUUGCCUCUUAAACUCUGUGAUAGGCAGACGGAAUGAUUGUUGAGAAUAGAAUUGUUGUUUACUUUUUGUUACCAGGCGGCUUUGGGAAGGCUGACUUUUGUUUAUUUUAAUGCUUACAACAUACUUAUUUCGUGUGUAAAAGCCUAAAACUGGAGCAUUUAAGUUUUGAAGUUUUAAAAACUAUUUUUUGUGCUGUAAAAUGCCUUUUGGGUUUCUUUUCUUUUUUGUACAUAACUCUUGUAAUUUUUAACUUUGUAAUUUCUAGACAGAAAAUAUCUCAAACUCUUUUUAGCCAGGGUUAAGGUGUGAUCAGGUUUUAGUUUUUUUUUCCAUUUUCUUACCUACAGUGGCUGUCCCCAUGGUACAAGCACCAGUCAAAACCAUACUGUCCUAACAAAGCAACAUAAAAGUAUUUUUCUUUGUGGUUUGUGGCAAAAGUAGAGGAACAAGGUAUUUUCAGAAUAGCAUGACCACUAUCCUACCUUGUUAUACUCAAAGAGCAAGUUUGCCAGUUGUGGGUGACCCAGUUCUGGUGGCAAAUUGAAAGCAUAGAGGUGCAAAAUAUUUCAUAUUUUUCAUUUAUUUAAAUCUGUUAUGAUUUCUGGCAUUUCAAAUCUCUUUUCAUGAAUACGCUUUCCAGUCUAAAAAGUGACCCAACUUAACUGCCUCUUUUGUGAACAAACAUGUAACAUCAGGACAGCACAGAUUUUCCCACCUGCCAAUUGCUGAUUAGUAAAUUCAAAUUUCAGAGGCACCAGGUGUAUUCAAGGUUGUGAAGAGCAUAGAAAAACAAGAGUGAAUCCAGAAAAAUUAGAACCUGAUCACCCAAGUUAAACUGGGAAAUACUAAAAGUUAGUUACGUUUUAGAAAUAAUACAGAUGAACUUUCUCAGGCUA